CCCACGAUGCCCUUCAACACCGAGCUCACGCGCCGUCUAGGCAUCCGCGUCCCCGUCGUCCAGGGCGGCAUGAUGCACAUUGGCACCGCCGACCUCGCCGCGGCCGUCUCCAACGCCGGCGGUCUAGGCAUCAUCACGGCCCUCAUCUUCACCAGCCCCGAGGCCCUCCGCGCCGAGAUCCAGCGCUGCCGCACCCUGACCAAGAACCCGUUCGCCGUCAACCUGACGCUGCUGCCGUCGAUGCUGCCGCCCGACUACCCGGCCUACGCGCAGGCCAUCAUCGACGAGGGCGUCAAGAUUGUCGAGACGGCGGGCAACUCGCCCGGCCCCGUCAUCCGCCAGCUCAAGGCCGCCGGCGUCAUCAUCCUGCACAAGUGCACCACCAUCCGCCACGCCCAGAGCGCCGUCAAGCUGGGCGUCGACUUUCUGAGCAUCGACGGCUUCGAGUGCGCGGGCCACGUCGGCGAGAGCGACAUUACAAACUUUAUCCUGUUGAGCCGCGCGCGGCAGACGCUCAAGACGCCGUUUAUUGCCUCGGGAGGAUUCGCCGAUGGACAGGGGCUGGCGGCGGCGCUGGUGCUGGGAGCGUGUGGUGUGAACAUGGGCACGCGCUUCAUGUGCACCGUCGAGGCGCCAAUCCACCAGAACAUCAAGGACGCGAUUGUCAAGGCGCAGGAGACGGACACGACGCUGCUGCUGCGGCGGUGGACCAACACGACGCGGCUGUUCAAGAACAAGGUCGCGCUGGAUGCGCUCAAGAUUGAAAAGGAGAGCCAGACGGGCGAGUUUGCAGAGGUGGCGUCGUAUGUGAGCGGCAAGAGGGGCAAGGAGGUGUUUGUCAAUGGCGACCCGGAAUUUGGCGUCUGGACGACGGGCCAGGUCAUUGGCUUGAUUCACGAUGUUCCCACGUGCGGCGCGCUGGUGGCGCGUAUUGAGAAGGAGGCUGAGAGCUCUUUGCGGGAGAAGCUGGCCUUGAUUGUGCCGGACUCGAAGCUAUAAAAAAAGAUGAAAAAGAGAUGAUAUAUUUAAACGUGCUUGUUUUGACUUUUUUGCGGAAUGGAAACGGUAUCCCUUUGUAUUAUGAAAUCAUAUCUAUACACUUCUCUGUCCGGCCUUGAUGCAAUUAAAUGAAACUUUUCGAGAAGAAAAUGAAAAAAAAAAAAAAAAACCAAAAAAAAAAAAACGCACAUGUUUUGUCGUAAUCUCAUGAGAAGAACACCAUUCUCCGCCCAUCAGCCCCUGCCUCUUCUACCAGCCACCAACGCCGGAUCCAGUCGUCGUCCUUGCUCCCUCUUAAACGGGUCUGCCUCUUCUUCACUCCCCGCCUCCGGGAUCCUCCACCGCUCAUAAUAAUACAGCUCCGGCAUCCUCGUCUGCGUCUGCUCCUCCAGCUGCGCCUCCCCAUCACGCAGACCGACGCCCGUUUCCAUGAGCGAGACUCUUCCCUCGGGGUCGCUGGCCUGCCAUCCUUCUGGGGCCGAUCUGCGCGAGACUGCGGCGCCGGAAUAUACGUCCUCGCCGAGGGCGUAUGUCGCCUCCACGAGGGCUCCCCUGACGCCGCAGUAGAAGGAGGCUGAUAGAUCGGAUGCUUUGGCGAGACAGUGCACACGGUCCAUGGACGCGCUGUAGAUGUGUAUGACUGCGUCGGGCCGCCAGCUGUCCUGUUUUGACAGACGGUGCCAUGUACAUGUCUGGCCACACGAAGGGUUGCAAGUCUC